AUGAGUGAUUCGGACGACAGCGAAGAAUACAAGCCCGACCUUUCUGAGGAGGCCAAAGCCAUCGAAUUUGAAUGGACACCCGAGCUGGUGAACAUUCGAAUUGCAGAUGGUUCCAUACAUCCACUAGCUGGUCCUUUAGAAAUGCACGAUGGAUUGCCGACAUACACCCUCGGGCCCGAUGUGGCCCUGCCAGACCCCAGCGAUACAACUGAGUGUCUGAAAUGGAUGGGACUGUCGGAGAAGAAGACAACCGAGUUGAUGCAGAAUUUCAAUGCGCUUGAUUCUAAUUACCAAGCUCCCGUUCAUGGAUACGAUGAGAAAUUCUCCUCGAAUGGCAAAAACGGAAUUACCUUUCCUCUUCUUGACAAGCUGUCCAAUCUUUUCCUCGAAGAAUUGCCUUGGUACUCAGAUGAUUAUGAAUAUACACAUGAGGGUUACAUCAAAAGGGCCAUCCAGCUGGGACUCCGUCCAGAAUUCGCCAUAUUUUGUGGAUUGCACGAGACCAAUCCUCGGGCUAUUGAGGACCCUUCUCUUUAUAAGAAGCGCUGGUUCAAACAGGGCCCUGAGGAUCGGAUUAGGAAUCACCUCUCCGAGACUUGGUUACAACUCCAGAUGUUUAUGAAGCUGAAAUUAGUACGUGAUGGCAAGGCAUGGAUGGACCUCCAUGGAGAUUGGCUUGUCCAUGAGGGAGAAAACAUCGAUCAAGCGAAGUCUCGAGUGGAUGAUACUGAGCGCCAGAGGCUCUUGGUUGAGGCGAAAAAAGAGGAGGAGAGGGAAACGGAAGAGCGGAAACAAGCAAUGGCUAGGCGUAAGGCUGAGGAAGAGGCAAUGCUUGAAAGAAGAGAGAAAGAAGAAUUGGAAGAGAUGGCAGACGCAGAGAGGAAGAAACCACCAACAAGGCACAAGGCACAACAAAGAAGAAAACGAAAUGCUUGA